UCUUAAAUGGCUAUUCGGAAAAAUUACCAUUUUAGUCCCUGGAGAAGAGAGAAAAAAGAGGGUGGGGUGUGGGGACUGAGGGGAGAGCAGAGAGACUCAGAAAAAGACUGGGUUUUUCUCGUGUGCGCGUGAGGCCUGAGCCUGAGGGUGAGGAGAGGACACAUUCCAGUCUUCUUCAGAGACAAUACCAAGAAAGCAGAAUCAUCACCUUGUAUUCUCUCCUUUUUGCUAAGUUUUCUGUACCGCCAAGCCAAGAUAAGGUCUUCUUGAGGAAACAGGGAGGGUGACACAGAGGAUUUAUGUCGUCUCGAUUUCAUCUAUUGACUGGAGCUCAGAAGAAGCUCUGGACCUCAUAUCAUUGUCUCUCUUGCACACUCGUUUUGCUCUCCACCUUUUGCAUGCAAUACUGGUCUCACGGUCACACCCUCAAACAGAGUUCACCUCUCUUUUCCAUGCCAUUAAGAUCAAAAAGGAGUUGUUCUGGAUUAGAGUGCUUUGGUGAUUAUUUCAGAAAACAAUUUUCCAUUUCAAUUUUAGGACUCAGGUGUUUCAGGGUUUUGGGUUUUUCUUGAGACUGAGUUUUGAUAAAGCAUUUGUUUUGUUUUGUUUUUUCUUAGUUUUCCUUUUGCAUUGCCUUUGGGCUUUAGGGGUUUUGACUUGAAAAAAAUGCCGGGCUUUAAAACUCUAGUCUUGAAUCAACAUGUGAAGUUGAGCAAAUUGAAGACAAAGCAACCAAACAAAGAAGAGAAUACAAGUUCCGUGAAGAGAAUUCGGAUCAUAUACAAUGAUCCUGAUGCCACCGAUUCUUCAAGUGAUGAUGAGGAAUACGAUGGUAAGGAGGACCGACUUCUGCAUGACAAGCGCUUUGUUUCCGAGAUUUUGGUUGUAGAUACAAAAUAUGAACCAUCUGCAGAUGUUUUAUCCCAUUGCAAGACCAACGGAGGGAAAAUUGGUCUUAGUAUGAACUUUUAUGACUGUAAGAAAACUAAAAGAUCUUCUUCCAUGUAUAAGGGAGUUCGUCGCAGAAAAUGGGGAAAAUAUGCGGCUGAGAUUCGAGAUCCAAUUCAACGGUGUCGAACAUGGCUUGGAACUUUUGCUACUGCAGAGGAGGCUGCCGCUGCGUAUCAGAAAAAGAAGCUCGAAUUUGAUAGCAUACAAUCACUGGGAAAGACUCAGAGGGACUAUCAAAACUUGCAGUUAUCAGAUAAGGAUAAGGGUGCUUUUGAGAGUUUUCAAUUAACUGAGAGGACCAAGCAUGAGUUUCAAGGCAUUCCUUUAUCAGAGGAGAGUCAGGAUUCAUUGGGUGAUGCUGAUAUUGAAACUUCCUCGGCAGAAGAAACCAAACGUGUGUUUUGUCAUCCGUCACCAUCAUCCGUGCUUGAAAUAUCUGGUACAGCUUCACUCGAUAUUGGACUCAAACAGGUGAAAGAAGAAUCUAGCGUGGAAGUUUUUGGGGGAGACGGCAGCGUGCAACCAUUUUUUGAAGAAGAUCUAUCCAUUUUAAAGUUUCCUGAAGAGGCAAUGUUGCCAUUAGAUAACGAACAGUUGGAUUUGGGAUGUGGUGAAAAUUACGUGUUUUCCAGUUUGGAUCAGUUCUUUGAUGGUAUGAGUGAUAUAGCCGAUACUGGUUUGAGUGACAUAGUUGAUUAUCCUGCGUUCAAUGAUGGAAAUGGUAAGGCUAUCUGUCUUCCCACUCUCGACUCUGAUUUUGGUCAGCAGGAUUUUGCUUGGAUUGAUCAAAACCUGAACAUGGCAUGCCCAUGAAGUUUUGUAGUUAGGAAUUACCAGUAGUUAUAUGUCUAGGACAUGCUCACAAUAAAAAGCUCGGGAAAUGUUUGAGCAGUCUUGAGGUUUUUUGUAAUGAGAGAGUUCUUGGGUUUUCAUUGUGCUUUUUGCGGCCGUCCAAGAUUUUGCAACUCUCAGACUGGUAUGUGUUAUAAGUUAUUAUGUAUUGGACCUUGUUUA